CUCCUCCAACCAUUUCUCUCCAAAAGAAGCGAAGGAGGAGAUACCAAGAAACAGGACAUAGAAAAGAAUAAAACUCACCUGAUUCUUCUCAAGUUUAUCUGGAUUUUACCCAAACGUAACUUUUAGGUUAUGGAGUUCAGAGUUGUCUAGGUUAUAGAAAACCGAAGAGGUUUCUGUAUGCUUUUAUUAAGUUGAACCUUAAGCCUUCUAUGAAUCCAGGCUUUGGAUAUAGCGGAGUGACAAUCAAAAGAAAAAUUUAGAUUGGGUUUGGUAUUUAAGGAUAUGGUUAGGAGAAGAUUAAGAGAUUCUGGAGAGAAGGAAGAUGAGUUGUUUCUGAAUUCUGGAAUUGGGUUUCUGUGGUGUCCCCAAGAUGAAGGCUAUCACCCUGGUGGAUACUUUGCAAGUAUGUGGCAGAUGGGGAUGGGAUUUGGGAUAUCCCAUAGUCUGCAAAGCUCUUCUGAAAAUCUCCUGCGAUUGAAUGUGUUUGGGCAGUACAAGGCACCCGAUGUCAGUUUAAAGGAGAGUGGAUUCCCCGAGUUAGCGGGAACUGAAGUUGUAGAGGUGAAAGAGAAAUGGGGGCAGAAGAAACAGAAGAAGAAAGGGGUUGGUCUUAGAUGGAGGGUUAAGGUUGGGAAUCCAUCUUUGAGAAGGUUGAUCAGUGGGGCAAUUGCAGGGGCGGUCUCGAGGACAUCAGUUGCUCCAUUGGAGACAAUAAGGACUCAUAUGAUGGUGGGGAACUAUGGGCACUCAACAAAUGAAGUGUUUCAGAAUAUCAUGAAGAAUGAAGGGUGGAAAGGGCUGUUCAGUGGAAAUCUGGUCAAUGUAAUAAGAGUGGCACCAAGCAAGGCAAUAGAGUUAUUUGUAUAUGAGACCUUCAAAAAGCGAUUGACGUCUAAACCAGAUGAACAGCCCAGAUUACCUGGACCUGCUUCUCUGAUCUCAGGCGCUGUUGCUGGAAUUAGCUCGACGUUGUGCACCUACCCACUCGAGCUGCUAAAAACGCGACUCACCGUUCAGAGGGGUGUAUACAAAAACGUGUUGGAUGCAUUGGUUAAAAUCGUGAAAGAGGAAGGGCCUGCAGAGCUAUACAGAGGGCUCACUCCAAGCCUAAUUGGAGUGAUUCCAUAUGCAGCCACAAACUAUUAUGCAUAUGACACAUUAAGGAAAGCUUACAGGCAGAUCUUGAAGCAAGAAGAGAUUGGGAACAUGGCAACUCUGUUGAUUGGCUCAGCAGCCGGCGCCAUCUCUGGUGGCGUGACUUUCCCCCUCGAGGUGGCUCGGAAACACAUGCAAGCUGGAGCUCUCAACGGUAGGCAAUACCACAACAUGCUUCAUGCCCUUAUAAGCAUUCUGGAACAUGAAGGUGUCCUGGGUCUUUACAGGGGUUUGGGGCCAAGCUGCCUGAAAUUGGUCCCUGCUGCUGGAAUUUCUUUCAUGUGUUAUGAGGCAUGCAAGAAGAUAUUGGUUGAGCAUGAAAAUGAUGAUUAGAUAGUGCUUUUUUUCCUACUUUUUCAAGCAUUUUUUUCAAUCUUUAUAGAGCACUUGGAAUCAGCUUUCAAUUUGAAGCAAGCCUUCAUAUAUAUACAUUUAAAAAAAAAAA